UUACUAAAAUUGUUCUUUAGUAAUUUAGAUCAUGUCUUUAACUGUCUCAAGGAACAAUGGCACCUACAAAGAAGUAUCUGAAAGAUGUUGUUCCGACCUUACCAAAGGGUGCUGCUUUUAUAGUGACGGUCACCAGAAAAUGGAACGAGAAGUUUGGAUUGAAAAAUCCAAAAACCAAAUCCGUUGAAAUGAUUUUCAUGGAUGAAAAGGGUGCCACAAUUCAAGCCACGAUUGCGAUUCAACUUAUUCGUAAAUUCGAAUAUGUUGAAGAAGGAUUGAUUUAUGCUAUUGCGCACCCAGAUGUGAAGAAUAACGAAGGAAAAUAUAGGGUCACUGGUCAUCCAUACCGCUUUGAGUUUACUCCAUUCACCAAAUUUCAGCAUGGAGAACAAACAACCGGUCUUAGUUUUCCGCCAUCUAGGUUCAGAAUUUCUAGCUUCGUGGAUAUUCAGAACCCACAAAGCAGUCAAGAUCCUUAUUUGAUAG